GACGUUAGUAAAUCCACCUCAGUAGAUCGGUGUAAGAAGACCCUGAAACUGCCAGUCAUUCGAUAAUUUGAAUCCGUACUUUUGCGGUUUUCUCGUUUAUUAAUGUUAUAAAAAAAUCAUUUGAAAAAGGAAAAAAAGGAAAAUGGGAACAAUACGUGUAAUUGAGAAUGAAAAUCAAUUUUAUGCGGAAAUGGCUAAUAUGGGUUCAAAAUUGGUCGUUGUAGACUUUACAGCUUCGUGGUGCGGACCAUGCCAAAGAAUUGCACCAGUAUUUGAGCAAUUCUCUUUAAAAUAUCCUAAUGCGAUAUUUCUUAAAGUAGAUGUAGAUAAAUGUUCAGAAGUUGCAGCCAUUCAAGGCGUCAGUGUAAUGCCUACUUUUAUUUUCUAUCGCAACCGAACAAAAUUGGGUUUUUGCCAAGGAGCAGAUCCAGCUGGACUUGAAUCAAAAAUACAACAAUAUUAUGGCAAUGGUGAUACUGAAGAUACUGAGGGUUCAGUUACUGGACAUAUGGAUUUAAACACGUUCAUUGCAAAAACACAAUGUGAAUGUUUAAAUGAAUCGGAUGAUCACAACUUCGUGCAGUGCCUAACAACUGAUGAUGGAUAUCUAGAAAGUGAUUGCGAUGAACAAUUAAUAUUAUCCAUUACUUUUACCCAAGCUGUCAAAGUACAUUCCCUAAAAAUCAAAGCACCAACAGAUUCUGGACCAAAGAGUAUUAAACUCUUCAUCAAUCAACCUAGAACUAUAGAUUUUGAUAUGGCAGAUUCCAAUACUAGUGUCCAAGAUCUUACAUUAUUGCCCAAAGAUAUCGAAGAAGGAAAUCCUAUUCCCUUGCGUUAUGUGAAAUUUCAAAAUGUACAAAAUCUUCAAAUCUUUAUCAAAAACAAUCAAGCUGGUACUGACACUACUAGAAUUGAUCAGUUGAUUAUAUUUGGAUCGCCAAUCUCAACAACCAAUAUGGGUGAAUUCAAAAGAGUUACUGGUAGAAAAGGAGAAAGUCAUUGAAAUAUAUUUAAAACAACAGAAGUAAAAAAGAGAAAUAAUUAUAAUCUAAAUAAUAAUUGACCAUGGCUACAAUAAAGAUAAUAAAUGUUAGAACAUGAAUUUAAGGUUAAAUAUUAUGAUUCACAUGUGCUGAUAAAAAAAGGAUUUGUGUAUUGUUUUUUAUAUUUUGUUAAUUAUAUAUUAUUACAAACUUACGAAUAAAAUACUGUAUAAGAUUUCAUAAUGAGAUAUAUAAACCUUAUAACAGGAUCUAGCCUAAAUAUUUCCAUAGUAAUAUAAAAUUACUUUGUAAUAUGAUUUCAAAAAUUUUAUCUUACUAUUAUUUAUGGAGAACAUAAUUGUUCUUUAUAAUGAAGAAAUAAAACUAUAACUUAUA